GGUCCGGGUGUUUGGUGGGGGGAUUUAAGGCUCUUCCUCUCUGUCUUUCCUCCCACUGUCUUUGUCUCCCCUCACACUUUAUAUUUAAACAAAGUGCCGUGCAGUGCAGGGGAGAGGUUGUGAAACAUGAUGGCCGUGCGAAGCUUUUGGACGUUGUUUGGAGUUGCAACCUUUCUUGGGAUGUUGACAGGCCUGGUGGGAUGUAACGAGGAGACAGAGCUGAUCGGGGACUUGUUUAAAAGCUACAACAAGAAUAUUCGACCGGCGAAACACCCUGAAGAGAAAGUGACAGUUCAGAUCAAGCUGACACUCACCAACCUCAUCUCACUGAAUGAAAAGGAGGAGACGCUUACAACCAACGUGUGGAUUGAGAUUCAAUGGGUCGACUAUCGCCUUGCCUGGAAUGAGUCGAAGUAUUAUGGCAUUCAAGUUAUUCGUGUCCCGUGCAAAACGGUUUGGCUCCCUGAUAUAGUCCUGGAGAACAAUAUUGAUGGCAAAUUUGAUGUGGCUUACUAUGCCAACGUGUUGAUCUCUAGCGAUGGUUCGAUGUACUGGCUACCUCCCGCCAUCUAUCGCAGCACAUGUUCCAUUGAGGUCACCUACUUCCCAUUUGAUUACCAAAACUGCACACUAUCAUUCAGAUCCCAGACGUACAGCGCCAAUGAAGUUGACCUCAUCUUGACACUUGGAGAAACGGGGGAGACUAUAGAGUGGGUGGAUAUCGACCCCGAGGCUUUCACAGAGAAUGGUGAAUGGGCCAUCGUCCACCGUCCAGCCAAGAAAGUGAUCAACGGGAAGUAUUCUCCAGAUGACCUGGAAUAUCAGGAGAUCAUGUUCAACCUCAUCAUCAAAAGGAAACCCCUCUUCUACAUCAUCAACAUCAUCCUGCCCUGCUCCCUCAUCUCCUCGUUGGUGGUGUUGGCCUACUUCCUACCAGCACAAGCUGGAGGACAGAAGUUGACGGUGUCCAUCUCGGUCCUGCUGGCGCAGACUGUCUUCCUCUUUCUUAUUGCUCAGAAGGUCCCUGAGACUUCUCUUUCUGUCCCUCUUAUCGGCAAGUACCUGAUCUUUGUCAUGUGUGUCACCACCCUCAUUGCUACUAAUCAGAUUGUGGUGCUGAACUUCUCACUGCGCAGUCCGAGCACUCACACUAUGUCCUACAGCAUCAAGCAUCUGUUCUUGAAAAUGGUACCUCGCUUCUUAGGGAUGUCCCCACUGGUGGACGACAGUGAGGAGACAGCGGAGGUGAACGGCGUGAAGGAGAGGCGGCGCAGCUCUUUUGGUCUCAUGCAGAGAGCAGAGGAAUAUGUGCUGAAGCAACCUCGCAGUGAAAUGAUGUUCGACAAACAGAGAGAGAGGCAUGGACUCACACGCUCGAUUGUGGACAACAUAGAUGUCAGCAGCACAGCCAACCUGUACAAGAGUUUGGCCCAGGCUGCUCCUGAAAUUAAGCAAUGCGUGGACGCCUGCAACUUCAUUGCAGAGAGCACAAAACAACAAAAUGACAUUGGAUCCGAAAUUGAGAGCUGGGUUCUCAUUGGGAAGAUGAUCGACAAGGUGUGUUUCUGGGCGGCCUUUUUCCUCUUCAUCGUCGGCACGGUGGGGAUCUUCCUAACAGGACACUUCAACACAGCGCCAGAAUUUCCAUUUCCUGGGGAGACCAAAAAAUAUGUCCCCAGUUAAAAUGAAAACUUAUUUGCACCUAUUAAAGAUUUCUAAAGUUCACCGUGCCUCGUGACGUCUGCACAGCACGACUAACUGACUCCUGGGUUAAGAUUUGGGAAUGAUCUGAACUUAAUUUUAAGUUUCUGCAAGUUCUUAUUGUGAUUAUUUACAAUAUGCCGAUUUGUUUAAUUCAACUGGUUUUAUAUCACAACAAUCACAGUGAAAAUCUUACAAAGUUCAAUCAUUUUGUUUGGUAGUUUUAAGAAAAAAAGACUCAACAUUAUGGCUUCAGGUCAUUGUUCAUAUAAAAUGUUAGUGUUUGAGUUUCAGAUAGAAUAUUGAAGUUGAUAAACCAUCACAUUGACUUAUUUAUAUAGCAGUAUAUAAUAAAAACUGCCACAACAAUUGUAUCCAAUACAUUGAGAUAUAAUAACUUAUUUAUAAGUAUUUGAAUGGAGAAGACAUUAAGUAAAGACCUGUUUGAUUAUGUUCUAUUUCAACUGGGAAACAGAUAAAAACAUCUGGAUGUGUCUAUCCAAACAACACGUCUUACAAACCUGUGCAGACAGUGAGAUUCAGACAACAUAAAUCAAAGCUUUACUCUUCUUACUAUGAUUUAUUUAUUGGGAAUUUUUGCUUGAGGUAGAUGAAACCGGGGGGCAUUAUCUUGGUAUAAUUUUGCCAUUAUUUGUUUAUUUACUGCCUAAAGAGCGAAAUUACCGGAGUCAAAUUCCUUGUUGGACAAUGUUCGAACCUGGCCAAUAAAGCUGAUUCUGAUUCUGAUUCUGAUUUUGUAAAAAUAAAUAACGUUUCCUUCAUGAUUUGCUUAAUUGUUGGGUAUUUGAGCAGGAUCAUCUGAAGAACUGAGGAUUCACAAUUUAAAUGAGCUUUGAUUUUCACUAUUAUUUUUGAUUGUGUAUGUAUCAAAUAAAUGCUUAACAAAUGCGUUUCAUUGUAAGUGUAAUAAAAGAAGAUUUGUUGUUUUUAA